GCUUUUCAUAGACGAGUGAGAAAAUAUAGAAAAAAGUAAGUAUAUUUUUCAAUCACUGCACUAAUUUCAUAAACGUCAAUCAUAACCUCAUCUAACCUAAAUUUUUUUCCAAUUUCUGAUUUCUCUAUUUACAGAAAUUUUAUAGAAAGACAAAAAUAUGUUUUAUUAUUUUUUUUCUAGUGACACCUACAUUAAAAAAGGUAAGUCCUGUAUAGCAAUUUUUUAUAAAAAAUCCAACUGGUGGUAUUUGCAAAAUUUCUCUACCGACAUAAAAUCUGAUGGAUCCGGUGGAAACCAUUUGAUUCGGAAGCAUCUAAAUAAUCCUGACAUCAAAAAAAAUUUUAUAAAAAGUGCGGCUACUGAAACUGACAAAGCGCAACAGACAAAUAAUUUAAAUCGUACAGCUGAUAAUAAUCAAACUGAGUGCUCAACCUCAAGACCGUCGACGUCAUCAACGCUAUCAUCGGCAUCUACAUCAUUAAUACCAUCAUUGGCAUUGACAGCCUAUAAGAAUUGCGCUUUUCACCAGAAUUGUCCUUGCCAUUGGCUGUCGCUAGUUAUCGAUUCCGAAAACUGUCGAUAACAAGUUACUGAAUCCCGCUACAGAACUGUCUGAAAGAUUUUUUCUUCGAGUGAAACAUCUUGCUUUCAGCCAAGGAUUGACUGCACUUUCAAACAAAUCAAAUCGUUUGAAGAAGGAGGAUCAAAGGCUGGAGGAAUAACUAAUGCGAUACUGUUCAUGAUCGCCUCAGAUAAUAUGUCCUUUAAUAUUGUGGAAAGAGAAGGUUUCAAGUACCUUAUGAAAACUAUUGUCCCUUUGUACAAUAUUCCUGGAAGAAAAUUAAUCACUAAAUACAUAGAAGAGAAAUACAACUACCUAUCAUUAGUUGCGAAAGAUAGGCUAAAUACCGUCCAGCAUAUUUCGCUCACAUCUGAUCUCUGGACCGACGUACUCAACACUGUGAAUUACUUAGGAAUGACAGCACAUUAUGAUUUUUAAGACGAACUGCAAUCCACGACGAUAGGUGUAACUGAAGUAGCGGAACGACACACAGCUGAGGUUUUAGGUAGGUGGAUAGAAAAUGUAAUGAAUGAUUGGAAUAUUGAUAAAGACAAGGUUAUUGUGAUGGUAACAGACAAUGGACCAAACAUUGUUAAGGCAGUUCAUGAUACAUUGGGAUUUAAUAAACAUCUUCCGUGCUUUGCUCACACGUUAAAUUUGGUCGCUACACACACUAUGAAUUUUGAUGAUGCAACAGUUUUGGUGACAAAGAUUAAAACGAUUGUAGUUUUCUUUAAACAAUCCUCAAUUGCUGCCGGUGAGUUACGAAAGGUCAGCGCCCUCAAGUUAAUUCGGUGUAUUGAUACGCAUUGGAAUUCCACAUAUUAUAUGUUAGAACGCUUCAUUCUGUUGGCGGAUACAGUUGGAUCAAUUUUAUUGAAAAUCCCAAGCUCACCUCCAAUGUUGACGGCAACUGAACUGCUACUAGCGAAAGAAAUUCUUGAAGUUUUGCGACCGAUUGAAAAAGUGACGAAAGAACUGUUUGGAGAAAAGUAUGUCAUGAUCAGCAAAAUGAUUCCAAUGAUCUACUGCGUGAAAAAAAAAAUUGAAUCGCUUUGCACGCACCUAAAAAGAUUUGGAAACAUAACAGCCAAUCGAAUUAUUGCGAUUUCGACAAUAUUAGAUCCUCGAUUUAAGCGACUGCAUUUCCAGCAGAACGAGCUUGUAGCAUGUGCGCAAUCAGUGAAUUACAUUGCUAAAUAUAUGAAAAAAAUUGACCAAGCAAAUAUUUCUGACGGUGACGCGACGAUUACUGAAGCAAACGUCGAGAAUUCUGAGACGUCUGAUGAUCUCUGGACAUAUCACGAGGACCUUGUUAAAGGACAAGUUACGAAUAAAGAUGAAAGAAAUCAAAAUGAAAUGCCAACCGAUCUAAGGCAUUACUUACAUCAACCAUUGGCAAAGUUGAAAAAAAAUCCAAUGUUCUAUUGGUCUAAACAGUACAAAAUGAUUUACCCAACACUUAGCAAAAUUGCAGAAAUGUACUUGCCCGUAGUUGCAACAUCGGUACUUUCUGAAAGGGUAAAACUGACGUUUAGGGGAGGCAGCCCCGAUGACCUUGACCUUGACAUAUAUUGUCAAGGUCACCCUCGUGAGUGA